GCUGCGAGGGUGAUGGUGUGGUACAGGAAGAGCUCUUCUCUUCUCUCUUCUCCUCUCCUCCGGCAGAAGUGGAUCAGCUGACGAAUGGUAUCUCCCUCCUCCUCCUCCUCUUGUGGAUGGAUCGUGCCGCUGAGACCGGGCAGCCUGAGCGCUGACACAGGAGCAGGUUGCCCGCUGCUCGCUGUGCUCUCCGCGCCGGAUGCCGCAACGACCGAGCGUCAACUAAAAGCCGCCUUGAAAUAGCGGUUUUAUUUGAUUCCAUUCCCCCCCCCCCUGGUCCGCAUCGGACAGGAAGCGACCUGCUUCCCCCUCACCAUGGCUUCCAACUUCAACGACAUAGUCAAACAGGGAUACGUGAGGAUACGGAGUAAGAAACUGGGGAUCUUCCGGAGGUGUUGGCUGGUGUUCAAGAAAGCCUCCAGUAAAGGACCGCGCCGGUUAGAGAAGUACCCGGAUGAGAAGGCCGCCUACUUCAGGAGCUUCCAUAAGAUCACUGAGCUCCAUACCGUCAAGAACAUUACCCGGAUGCCACGGGAGACAAAAAAGCACGCUGUGGCGAUUAUCUUCUGCGAUGACACGUCCAAGUUAUUUGCCUGUGACUCAGAGCUGGAUGCAGAGGAAUGGUGCAAGUUGCUGUGCAUAGAGUGCCUGGGCAGCCGUCUCAACGACAUCAGCCUGGGAGAGCCAGACCUGUUAGCAGCAGGAGUGCAGCGGGAGCAGAACGAACGCUUCAACGUGUACCUCAUGCCCACGCCAAACCUGGACAUCUACGGGGAGUGCACCAUGCAGAUCACCCACGAAAACAUCUACCUGUGGGACAUCCACAAUGCUCGCCUCAAACUCGUCAUGUGGCCGCUCAGCUCCCUGCGCAGAUACGGUCGAGACUCCACCUGGUUCACCUUUGAGUCGGGGAGGAUGUGUGACACAGGAGAGGGUUUGUUCACGUUCCAGACGCGGGAGGGGGAGAUGAUCUAUCAGCGGGUCCACUCAGCCACGCUGGCCAUUGCCCAGCAGCAUGAGAGGAUGAUGGAGGAGAUGGAGAAAAGCUCCCAGAUCCACUCCAGAGAGACACUCACCAAGUCCAUCUCCCUGCCACGCAGCGCCUACUGGCAGCAUAUCACGCGUCAGAACAGCGUGGGAGAUCUCUACAGUUACCAAGGAAGUGGCCUGACAAUGACUUUCAUCCCUCGAGCACAGACGUUUCCCAGCUUUCUGUCUGAUGAGCCAGAGCAGCAGCAGCAGCAGCAGCAGCAGCAGGAGGAGAAGAGCCAGCACCAGAAAGAGGCACCAUCGCCCUCUAGUGGCUGUGGAUCCAGUUGCAGCCUGAGAGCCCUUCAAUGACAGAGAACUGCUCGACCAAAACUGAACACUUUAACCACUACUGUAGAGAGGAUGUAGAAAUAUGUAUAGUGACAUGUGUAAUAUAUCAUUUCCUGGUGAAACUGUAACAAUAGUGUCAACUGUAGAGUGAGUGGGACGGCGUGAUGUUGUUUUUUGUUGUCGUUUUUUCUUUUUGUCUGACUGCAGCAGUAGCUUCAAAGUUUGCACCAAAAAUCCCUUUAGUGUAGCUUAUUAAGUCCUUUAUGUUGUCGUUAUGCUCUUAGACCUAAGACACCAAGAUCUGCUGUAAAACAAUUUUCUUUUGAAGGCUUUUUGUUCUGAAUUCUGACAAAAAUCCCAUCAGGUUCAUUCCAAAAUGUGCAGCCUCAGCAGGCAUUUUUUUCAGAAAGAAAGACAAAACCCCACAUGAUUUCUGACACAUAAUCCGUUGCAGUCUAACUGUAGUGUGCUUGUUCUCAACAACGUGAAAUUGAUAAAUGCCCGACAGUAAAAACCGCUCGACUUUGAUAGCGGUGAUGAAUCAGCCGAAGCCCUUAAUCGGUUACAACCAGCGAAAAGAAAAGGUCGUUUGCCAAAGUGCUUCAAGGAUACAGGAGUGGACGGCCAUGUCACGAAUGAUAGAAUGUGACCUUCUCGCGGCCAUCUUUACUUUAAACUGCCAUUCUUCACGGCACACUAAUAGUACAAUAUUGUUUUAAUAGCUUCUAACUCUUCUCCCGCAUCAUUCCCGGGGUCUGAUGAAUGGUUCAUUAGCAAAAGGAAAAGAGGUGAGGACUUGGGGAGUUGUGCAAGGUAAUAAAACGAUUAUGGAGUGUCCAUAUCCAUACAUGACUAAACCUCAGCAUAUUUGGAAGCUACACUGAGGCUAAAAGAUGAGGAUUCUGGAUUUAAACAAAGCACUUGUAAAACUACAAGUUAUCAUUUUGCACAGUUUCAGUUCAUACUUCAGACUAAACAAAUGAGACAUAAUGUGCAAUUAGAUAGUUUUACAAAGCUCUGGUCUGUGGAUCGUGUUGUUGAUAAGCAAAGUGUGUUAACCAGCUGCUGUCUGUCGCUUUAUAGUGAGCACAGCGGUAUUGAACACCUCAUAUACAUCACUGUAAAAAAAAAAACCUAAAACAAAAGAGAAAUCUGUUCACAGUUAACAGGCUCACAUACUGAAAAACAGUUAUAAACAUCGUGGUUAUCACAUUCUCCUCCAUAAAGAAGUGCCUUCCGACCACAGUGUACAACACUUAUCUUUGCGACUUCACAACACUUCUCAGUGUCUUAAGAUUCCCUUAAAUCCAGGGGUUGGGGUGCAGCUAUGAAAUGUGAGAUCAAACCAGACUUCUUUUCUAAAGUGGAGUAUAACACUCCGGCUGUCAGCAGACACUGAUUCAUCUCCUCAACUAUCUGCGGUAAAUGUGUUUAUGCUUUCUGUGGCAUCACAAAACAAAAUGUUGAUCCUUCGAAUUACAGCAAGAAUAGGAUAAAAAAUAAAAAUAAAAAAGGGUUUCACUUUGAGGCAGCAAAGCAGUCCUUCACUGUCAAACUUAUUUUUGUUGUUUGGUUUUCUAGAGGCCUACACGCACUUUCUUUUGUGUUUACGUUGGAUUUUGUUGUCACUUUAUUUUGUAAAUGUUUUAUUUAAGAUAAUUAUGUGAAUUUGAGCUGAAUUAAAAGAGGUGUCAGCGUGUGUCGGGUCUGUAACGUAAUACGAGUUUGUAGAAAGACAGUUGACACGUCAGGCCACAUUUCUGCUCUCGUUGUCCGGAAGCCAUCAGUCGCUCAAGUGUGGUUUGUAAAACGUGUGUGUAUUUGUUCCACUACAGCCGGAGCAUUAGAGCUGUACUGACUGAACUGAAUGGAGAAAGUGAUUCUGUUGUUAUCUGUAGCCAUUGAAUUGUUUGUAGGUCUGUUGUGUUGUCACAUUAUGUCACAUUUACUUUACUAAAAACACGAUUGU